AUGCUGCUGUUGCUGGCGGCCGCCUGUGUCGUGGCCUUCGUGCUGCUGCUCUACAUGGUGUCGCCGCUCAUCAGCCCCAAGCCCCUCAAGCUGCCCGGCGCCCACGUCGUGGUAACUGGAGGUUCCAGUGGAAUUGGAAAAUGUGUUGCUAUUGAAUGCUAUAAGCAGGGUGCGUUUAUAACUCUGAUUGCAAGAAAUGAGAGCAAGCUGUUGCAGACAAAGAAAGAAAUUGAAAAAUACUCCGUUAAUGAUAAACAGGUUGUGCUUUGUAUGUCUGUUGAUGUGUCUAAAGACUAUGGACAUGUGGAGAACGUCCUUAAACAAGCUCAAGAGAAGUUGGGUCCAGUUGACAUGCUUAUAAACUGUGCUGGAACAUCAGUUACAGGAAAAUUUGAGGAUCUUGAAGUGAGCUGUUUUGAAAGGUUAAUGGCAGUCAACUACUUGGGUAGUGUUUACGCAACCCAUGCCGUAAUUGCUACCAUGAAGGAACGAAGAAUGGGAAGGAUUGUGUUUGUAUCAUCUCAGGCUGGACAGGUGGGACUAUUUGGUUACACAGCUUAUUCUCCAACCAAGUUUGCUCUUCGAGGAUUGGCUGAAGCUCUGCAAAUGGAGGUAAAGCCUUAUAACAUCUAUGUAACAGUUGCCUAUCCUCCAGAUACUGACACACCUGGCUUUGCAGAAGAAAUCAAAACAAAGCCUUUAGAGACUAAACUAAUUUCAGAAGCCUCAUCCGUUUGCCAAGCAGAACAGGUUGCCAGAGUUAUUGUUAAAGAUGCCAUACAAGGAAACUUUAACAGUUUUAUGGGCUCAGAUGGUUACAUGUUAUCAAUACUGACCAGUGGAAUGUCACCUGUCACUGCUAUUACUGAAGGUCUUCAGCAGGUUGUUUGCAUGGGCAUUUUUCGCAUCAUUGGUUUGUUUUACCUAGGAAGUUUUGACAGCAUAGUUCGUCGCUGCAUGAUACAAAGGGAAAAAUCUGAAAGAACAGAUAAAGCUAAAUAAUCUUUACUCACUGAAUCAGAAGAAUGUUACUUUUGGACAGCUUGCUGCUAAAUGGGACUUAGUUUCUCACCUGAAGACUUUCAUUUAAAUGCUUGGAUAUGUGACAGAUGAGUUCCUUUGAAA